AUGUCGGAGCGAGCGCCUGCUCGUCCGAGCGAUACUGCUCAGGACGACCCCGGCCAGCGCCCUGGUUCUCGUCAAACCUCACGACUCCCCGAACAGUGCCUGUCUGAGUCCACGAGCCGAGACCCCCACCACAAACCGCAAAGUGAAGUGAUGAUCAUCCGCGGUAUGCCCUCGUCUUCGCCGUCGGUCUCCUCCGCCGAUACCCGGUCUAGUUCCCGAUAUGAGGGUGUGACGGUUCAUGCCCGCGCAGAGAGUGGAACAGGGUCUGAGGGAACCGGUCGCAGCGCUGGCGCUGAGCCGGCGGUUCUGUCGCACGCUUCUUCUUCUUCUUCUUCUUCUUUGUCAUCAUCGUGGGAUACGGCGUCGUCGAAGGCACCAUUUGCUUCUGUUGGCUUGGAGUCACCGCGGCGCAUCUAUGCUUGUCUCUUUCAUAUGCUUGACUGCCAUGAGUCUUUUGAUGAUGCUGUGCAGUGGCGGACUCAUGUCCGUAGUCACUUUCGCAUGCACCAGCCCCCGUCCACGGCCCGAUGUCCGCUGUGCCCGAGUACCAAGUUCAUUGACGGCGUUGCAAAUCCUGUUUCAUCUCCUGUGCUGGAAGGUACCAAGUCAGUCCAGGACAGCGACCCUGUUGCUGUGGCCUUGCCGCCGGGUCAGUCAAGUCAGUCAAGUCAGUCAGGGAAACCGGCUGCCUGGGAUCGCAUGCUCGACCAUGUUGCCACCACCCACUACGAGCAAGGCCACACACUAGCCAGGAGCCGGCCAGACUUUGAGCUGAUGCGCUACCUCUAUGGACUGCGCAUUAUCUCCGACGCUCAGUUCAAGGUCCUCCAGCUUCCGCCCGCCCCGUCCAGUCCGGCUUAUCAUCGGUCUCAGGAUGGCGUGCGCGCUAGUAUUGGCUCCGCUGAUGAACCAUACUGUGCACCGUAUAGUCGACGGCGAGAGGAGAGGAUGCGCGGUCAGCAAAGGGGUGUCAGUGUGGUUUGA